UGCGCACAUGUACUGCAGUUUCUUUCAACGCCUGGUAUCACGAUAACACGUUUUUUCGAACGGUAUUACGAAUAAGGGCUCGUGAGCGUUCAUGAAUGAGCUCCAUGGAUCGCGGGGCGAUAAACGUUUUCGUAGCAGAGAGAUAAUGAAGGGAGAGUGGAGAUUCAUACAUUAAAAAUCUGUCAUUUUUAGAACGUAGAUUCGUGUUCGCGCGUGCGCAUGUACACGCGCGCGCACGCAAAAGCAGACGAACGGUCGUUGGAUGUGACGCCCGGGCGGCACGAAUUGCGGCGACGAGCAACGGCGGACUUCGCGCUAGCUGCGCGAAGAGUCGAGUCCAGUCGGUUUAGUUAGUCGCGCGACCUGAAUGAGAUAUGCGGCGACCCUUGACCCGUCAUCUCUCCGAGGGUGGCGGUGGUGGUGGUGCUACGGCCGAUGGCGGCGGCGAUGCCAGUAGACGACAACGUUUAACUACGAAGGAGGGUAGUGACGAGCGCGGAGGAUACACCUGGGCUUGCCGCGAUUACAGCCAUCACCUAUCGUUCGGCGACCUUUUCAAGGCCCCCACUCCCCUGGCCGACUGUCGCGGCCGCGCAGCGGCUUCCCCAGAGCCCCGGAACAUCACAAUCCACAGUUGUCAUCAUGCCACUGUUGAGUUUUGGCCGUGCAGCAGGUUUCUCUCCCGCGCUUAAAAUAAUUGGAGCGCGAUUCGAAAUCUGAUCUAAAAGAGCUCAUUAAGCCGAAUGCUUCUGACAUUAUUAUUCUCGUGAAGACCAAGUAAAUACC